UACCUUUUCCCUUUCUUUUUUUAUGUGGGAAUAGUGGUUUAGGAUUUGUCUGUUCUUCUUUGUGGCGAAGGAUCCGCGAAGAAAUGCCGUUGACAAGGUAUCAAAUUAGGAACGAGUUCAGCUUGGCCGACCCGGAGCUCUAUAGAUCUGCCGACAAGGAUGAUCCCGAGGCUUUACUUGAAGGCGUUGCCAUGUCUGGCCUUGUUGGUGUUUUGCGCCAGCUCGGUGACCUCGCCGAGUUUGCUGCUGAGAUAUUCCACGACUUGCAUGAAGAGGUAAUGGUAACUGCUGCGAGAGGCCAUGCUCUAGUGGCCCGAGUUAAACAAGUCGAGGCAGAGUUCCCUUCCAUUGAGAAAUCAUUUUUAUCACAAACCGAUCAUUCGUUAUUCUUUACCAGUGCAGGUGUUGACUGGCAUCCUAAUCUGCGCACUGAACAUAAUCUUAUCACUCAUGGAGACUUACCUCGCUGUGUGUUGGAUUCUUAUGAGGAAUGUAGGGGCCCACCACGGUUGUUCCUCUUGGACAAAUUUGAUGUUGCGGGUGCUGGGGCAUGUUUAAAGCGUUACAGCGAUCCUUCAUUUUUUAAAGCAGAAUCAGAUUUUCCUGAAAUCGCGCCAUUAGAGGUUCAGAGAGGAAAGAAAGCGCGGAAAGUGAAGAAGAAAGGAUCACGCUGGAAGAAUGGGGAGACUCCCGAAUUUCCACAAACAUCACAUGCGAAAUUACAUCAACUGUUUUUGGAGGAACGUAUUGAGAAUGCUUACAAUGACCCUGCCUGUCUUGCAAAACUUAAAAGACGACAAUUAAAUGAAUCUCCACUUGACUCAAAAUCUGGGAAAACUUACAUGGAGAAAUUCCUGGAGACUCCAUCACAAAAUAAAGCUGUUUACGAGAUCUCUGGUACUCCGUCUCUGGGGUUGACAGUGGAUAAUUCUAGUGUGUCCGGACCUAAAACACUUGAUAUUAGUACAGUGGGUCCUGUAGAAGUCUCUUCACAAGGAAAGGAAACCUUGAUUUCUUCACCUACUGUACAUGAAAUUGUACUGAAACCAUCCAUUGAAGAGUUGAAUGAAGAUGCCAUUGAUAGAGAGAUUAUGAAGGUGCCAGAACCAACUGUUGAUUUCACAGAUGGAAUACCCCAUCCCCUUUAUAAAGUAAAAACUGAAGAGGAGAUAAUAGUAGAUGGAGAAAGCAUAGAAGAAUGCAAUAUAUAUGGGGACCAUUCCGAUGGCAUGACCAGUGAAGCUGACAAUUUCAUUGAUGCAAUUACUACCAUGGAGUCCGAAAUGGAUAUGGACAAUGAGUAUAGACCUAAGGAUGGUAUUGACCUCAUGGAUAUUGGGAAGUAUCAAACGGGUUCCCAUGCAAACGAGGAAAAGCUUGGGGUCCAAGCCCAUUCAUCAAAUUCUCAAUUGGAUGAGAUCUCCUCUCUGUCUGAUACUACAGACAAUCUGGCUAAAGAUAUUCCGUCGGAUGGUGAAGUAGCAGCAGAAAUGUUCCCUUUGAGUAGAAACUGUGUUACUGAGAUUGGUGAGGCACCUCCUAUACAGCUUUGCUUGGAGAUGCAAUAUCCCAAUUCUGAUCAGGUUUUGUUACCGAAAGAUACUUCUUUUGGUGAACAUUGUCUUCCUGAUCUUGGAGAAGCUUCUCAUAUUUCAUGUCUGGAAGGUUUGAACUCUACACAUAUUUUGUUGGAUGAACCAUGUUCAGUGACAAUUCCUUUGCUGGAACAACAUCAUGAGGAAGUAUCCUCUGAUGGUAAAACUAAUUCUAAUUUUUCAGAAGCUGAUGGUGGAGAAUAUUUGGAUGAUUCUUUGGAAGUUAUUUUUGCUGAUUCUUCUGAGGAACAGGUUACUUUGAUCACUCUUUCUUCUGAAAGUCAUCCAGUGGAUGAGUUGGGCUGUGGGAACACAUAUGUCUCUUCUGAUGCUUUGCCACAUUUAUUGAACGUUUUACCGGAAGCUCCUGAAAAGGGAAGUGACAAUGAUCUUUUAGAUGGAGUUGUUAAAACAGAUUUUGCUGGGAAAAUUUGUGCUGAAAAUUCAGUCAACCAACCAAACUGCGUUUUUUCACCAACAGAAAAGCAGCGACUUUGUUCAACCUUGGCUGAAGGAGAAAGAUGUUCUGGUAUUAUACUGUCACCUGAACAUUUGGAUGUUGUGAAUCCUAUCACCUUAGUUUCUGAGGUCAGUGAUGCUACUGUAGAAGUGGAUGUCAACUUGGAGUGUAUAACUCCUGUGGUGGAUACUUCACAGAUUUGUGACUUCAAUGAACAGCAAUUUUCAGACAUAUUACAUCAUGAUCCAAAAGUUGAAGCUGACCUAACAGAGAUAGAUGCUUCAUAUUCUGAACAGAAACAAAAUGUUGAUGAACUUUGUGAUGCUACAGAGGGAGAAGUAACUAGGGAAUUUACUCGCAGUGGGAAUGUGGUGGAAGAAGAUGCUAUCCCUUGUGAUCUUGCAUGUAAUUGCACUGAUGAUUUGAACCCCAAGGAUCAUGGGGAUUUAGAUGAUCUGGCAACUGAAAAUGUUCAUGCUGAAAAUAUUGCAUUAUCAACCGCUGCUUGUGAUUCUACCGAAUUUGAUGAUGAUGUUGAUAAUACUAAAUAUCACUCUUCAAAUGUGAUUUUCUCUCCAUCUGGAAAACUAAUGAAUUCGGAAGAGUCUCUUGCUGGUGAUGGAGAUAUGUUUCAUGAAGGAUUGGAAUCGAAUGAGGUUGUUUCUCAGGAAUGUCUCAUAGAGUUAGAGACACGGGAAGAAACAAAUCAAGUGGUAGGUACUCCAGCAGAUUUAGAUUCCACUUCAUGCAAGUCAGACUCUUACAACAAAUCCAAUUUAGAAGAUGAAGUCCACUAUUUGUCUUUUGCUGAAUCAACCAAAGAUAGUUUGGAUUUGGUUGAUUUAACCGCUGUACCUGCUUCUUCAGAAUUCAGUGAUAACGAGUCAGAAUUGAAAUACUCAAGUCGUCUAAUGGAAAGUGGGGAAGACACGGUGCCCUCACCUACCCAUUUCCAAUCAGAAAAUGAAAAUUCUCUAGUACAGUCAUUAGACAUCCAUAUUAAUCAACAUGUGGAAAAGCUGCACAUAGUUGAAGGUGGUUCAAAACAAAUACAAUCUUUGGAUCACAUAGAUCAGGAAAAGUGCCUGCAAACUUCUUUUGAACAUUCCAAAGAAGGCUCUUUAAACCAAUCUUCAUUAGAUUUUUCAGAACAAUCAGGUAGGCAGGAUAAACAAGAAAGUUAUCCAUCUGAUCUUAUUCAUCCUGCCACUUGCCUGCACCCUGAGGCAACCAAAGCUAUCAUGGAGGAAAUGCCACCAUUGCCACCUCUUCCUCCAAUGCAGUGGAGGAUAGGGAGAGUUCAACAUGUUUCUACAGGUCCUCAAAGAGAAUUUGUAGAACAUGGUCAGGGGUCAUUGCCAAUGAUACCACAGUAUGGAACUGGUGAGAGAGCUCAAUUUGGUUUACCAGCGUUGGAGCAGGGGUUUGAACAACCCAGAAACCCAUUUUUACCUCUUGUGGAUGGUGAAGAGAGGUCUGGCAAUGCGCCUGAUCAACUGGCAGCUGAUUUCAUGCAUCCCAGUCCUUUAUCUAUGAAUUCAGCAACUAUGGCUAGCAACAGUAAUAGCCAGUACAAUGGUUUCUAUUUCAAUAGAACACACUCAAACCCAUUUUUAACAGUAGCCACAACAUCUAAUGAAAACCUUGAAUAUGGUUCCCUUGCUAUGGAUGGUCAUAGGUUAGAAUCGAGUUACUUGUUGACGAUGCAACCUACUGAUGCAGCUUGUACACAUACUCCUCUAUCUUUGCAUGGGGAAACAGCAAAUUGUCCAGAUCAGUUUGUAGUGGAUACAAGUUUAGAAGGUGGGGCAUUUCAGGAACCUAUACAACAUUUUGAUCCAGAACAUGGGAAUCCUCCUGAUGUAUCUGUGCCCCUACCAACUAAGACAGAGGAGCAGAUUACAGCCAAGGUAGCGGAGGAUCUUCCUACCAAAGUAGAGGAGCAGUUUCCAACCAAGGUAGACAAGCAGCCUCAGCAUGGUUUGGCAGCUUCUGGGGGAGAAAAGGCAGAGACACCAAAUGCCAUUGUUCGGCAUGGCUUGGAAGCUCCAGAGGGAGAAACUUCUCAGAUAAAUACAACUCUAGAGCAUGAUUUGUCAAUUUCAGAGGGAGAGGCAGCAUGGCCCUCAAAUACGCUAGCUUUAGUACAAGCUGCUGAAGAAGGAAAGUCAAAUGUGAAUCCACCUGUUAAACUUCCCCGACCUCGCAAUCCUCUCAUUGAUGCUGUUGCUGCUCAUGAUAAAAGCAAGUUGAGAAAGGUAACCGAGCAGAAUCGACCUCCAAUCCUUUCUAAGAUAGAUGAAAGAGAUUCAUUGCUGGAACAGAUACGAACAAAGUCCUUCAACUUGAAGCCUGCAGUGGUGACCAGAGCCCGUGUUCAGGGUCCUAAAACCAACAUACGAGUUGCAGCAAUCUUGGAGAAAGCAAAUGCAAUUCGCCAGGCAUUGACCGGAAGUGAUGAAGACGAUGAUGAAGAUGGUUGGAGUGAUUCUUGAAAGGACUUGCAUGAUGACACCUGUAGCUGUGAUUUGAUUAAAAUGAUCGAUCAAAUAGUAAAUUAUGCAUCAUCAUGAAUAGGAAAUAUGUAUGGUAUAUUCUUUGACUCAGGAUUGUCAUUCUGUUGGUGUAUGAUAUUUUGCUCAUUUACGUGUAUUUCACUUACACAAUGCCUAUAUAAAAUGCUUAUACAAGGAAUGGUUUGAAA